AUGCAACCUCAACAAAGCACCACUGGCAGUACAAUGCAAAAUAUUAAGGAGAAAGUCAAACAUCCAUUCACUCAUGACACUGACACCAACAUUACCUAUCCAACCAGAGAACAAAAGAAAUUAGCAGAAUCUGGCACUACAGUUCCUCAAUCCACCGUUGGAAGUGGUGGAAUGUUAAAUCAACCAACAACCACUCAAUCCAAUAUUGGUAGAGAAGAAUACUUGGAAAAGAAAUUAUAUUUACUACGUAAACAGGUUUAUGAAUUUGCUUGUAAAUUGGCUCAGAGUUCAACACUUUCCGAUAAAUCAUGUAAUGUGAAAGAAAAGUGGGUCGAUGUGGAAUUGAGUAUAUUGAAGGGAUGUUUUAAAAGAUUCUCUGAUUUGGCAGAGCAACCAACGAUUCCAAUUCUACAACCAAAAGUUUACAAAGAUCCACCACCAACAUCAGGAUUGUUCAGUAGUGCUUUAUCAUUUAUUGGAUCAAUGUUUUCAAAGAAUUCAUCAAGUAGUUCCAAAGCUACACCAAUUAGUGUUGAGCCAAAACCAGAAUAUGAUUUUCUAACAAAGGUACUUUUGGAUGGCGACUAUUCAAGUGGAAAGACUUCAUUGCUUAAUUGUGCAAUGAAUGAAACGCCAGUGGAUCCAUCAAAUAAUCAUCAUAUCACAACGAUUGGAAUGGAUUUUGCCAUUAAGAAUUUCCAUUUUGGAGAUACCACUAAAGUCAAGCUGCAAUUGUGGGAUCAAUGUGGACCAGAACGUUUUCGUCAAAUAACUCUUCCAUUCUAUAGACAUGCAUCGGUUAUUCUCUUACUGGUCGAUCCUUCAUCAACUCAUGUUCUUCGAUCAAUGAAUGAAAAAGUGGAAGUAAUCAAAAAUAAUGCUACAAAACCAGAAGUUAUUCUAAUCACAACAAAGAAAGAUAAGAAAGAUGAAGUGAGAUUAAUUUCAAAUGAGCAAGCUGACAAAUUAGCCUAUGACAAUUUUGGAACUUUACAUUUGGAUAUUACCAAUACUCAAUUGGAAGAACCCAAAAAUAUUAUUUGGUAUUGUGCUUUACUCAAGUAUUUACUUUCUUAA